UCUAAGCUAGCUCACACAACACAUCCCCACUAUACUGAGAACCAACCAACACAGACUCUCUGUCUCUCUCUCUCUUUCCAUUCAUGGCUCCCUCCACCAAAUAUCUCUCCUUCUUCUUCUCCCUCACCCUCUUACUCUCUCUCCAUGUCCAUGCCAGAGACAGCCAGUUCUUCAGCAAAGUCAGCACCAACACUAUCAACAACAACAACAAUGUCAAUGAGCCAGAAACAGUCCUCCCCAUGAAAGAAGAACCAUUGAACAAACAAGAGCAAGACCCAACCUUCAUCCCCAACACCCAAAAUGGCUAUGGCCUCUACGGCCACGAAACCGGCCAACUCCCUCCCUCCACCACCACCACCACCACCACCAAUGUUGCACCCUACACCGCCACCAACACCAACAACAACCACGAAGCUUAUGUGACCAACCCACAUCCCGUGACGGAUACGAGGUUCACAGAAGCCAGCUACACCACCCCAGUUAGCAGCAACAACAACAACUACUACACUGGUGGAAGCAACAAUUUCAAUGGUCGAAGCUACACCACACCAACCAGUGCCAACAACAACAACUACUACGGUGGCAAUACUUACGAAACACGCGCGAGCGAGACGAAGUUCGUGGACAGAGGGUAUACUACCACUCCAACCAAUGCCAACAACAACUACAACAACUACUACAAUGGUGGCAAUGGCUACAACAACAACCAGAAGCAAGGCAUGAGUGACACAAGGUAUCUGGAGAAUGGAAAGUACUAUUAUGACCUCAGCAGUGAGAACUACAACACAAGGACUACUGAUACAAGGACUGGGUACAACACCAGAGGGUAUUAUGGGAAUAACGAGAAUACAUAUGAGUAUAACAACAACAACUCCAUGGAAGGGUACCAGAACCAGGAAGAGUACCAACAGAGUCAGGAUGAGUUCGAGCCUUGAUGAUGAGCUUUUUGUUUGCGUUUGAGUGAUGAGCAACAUAUAUGAGAUGGGUGUCAAUUUGGUGAUAUUUAAUUAUGUUUUUAAGUUAUAAAUUAUGGUUUACUAGGAAAGAUUUAAAUUAAAAGAUAAAUUUUAUGUGUUGUUUUUGGUGUUUGCAUAGUUUUCAUGCUUUGAAAAGUAGAAGAAUGAGAGUAUAAUCAUGUACUUGGCGUUCAACAAUUCAAUAAAUUGUAUAUUUAAUGUUUGGAGCU